AAGAGGGACUCCGGGACUGGAAGCGGAAUUGGCCUCGGUGACCUUUGACCUCCUGCGCCGUGACGAAGGCAACGUCGUUUCUGUGGUAACCGGGCUGCGCGUCCUCUUUGGAGCAAGGGUCGAAGCACCGCGUCUGGAGUUGCAGGGGGGAUAAAAAAUGUCGAUACUCACUUCUCCAAGAGGAAAGGCGGAAGUGGUUCACUGCCGAAGAACAGAGUCACACGAUGUUCACUGUAUCAAAAACCUCAUUAGAAAAUUUACCCAGAAGCUGUUUGGGAAUCUUAACGUCAUCCGUCUUUUGGAAAAGGCAAACCUUGCCAUUACCCUCCACAAUGACAAGGAGGAGAUCAUGGCCCAGGCCACCUUUCUGGACUAUCCCAACUGGAAUAUUGCCCAGCAGCAUGACUGGGUGUCCGUGUUCCGGGAGCUGGACAGUGAAAUUCCGUGCACACCUCUGAACACGCUGUUCAUGCACCUCUUUGUGGCCGUGGAUGAGUAUUCUGUCGGCUGCUGCAAAGAGAUUAUUCGGAACGUGUUUAGGGAAGUGCCAGAGCUCCACUUCAUCUUUCUCAUUGUGCCGUCCUACAUGAGCCUCGGCUCGACCCUCAUAACUGUGUUUGAGCAAGUGGGGAACGCCCCGAGCCUGCUGUGUGACGAGGACUUCAUGGUACACGUGUGUCACAGGCACAGCCACCACCCUCAGCUGCACAUUCGAGAAGCCAGGGUGGAAGACCACGACGACCUCAUGCCAAUAUUUCUGCGCCACGACACGGUCCUGAGGGAGACCUAUGGCGAAUACUUCCUGGGUGAGCUCAUAGAGGCCGGAGACGAAGAGAACCACGCGGUCGUGUGCGAGGUGGAAGGCGCGGCUGUCGGCUUCAUGAGCGUGUGCUCCAGGGUGAACAUGCAGCUGCUGCACGAGUGCUUCGAUCUGGGGCCCUUCCACGGACUCUGCACCCCUCAUCCCGACGACGUCCUGCGACCGCCGCCGAAGCCCGGCCUCCAGGGGAGCCCAGAUGCUGAGCUCGGGAGGAGCAGCCAGGACACCCAGAGAACAGAGGAGGAGCCACAGGAAGCUGUCUCCCCGGAGGCCAGGGAGAGCGUGCAGGUAUUGGAGGGAAGAAUCACUAAAGAUGCCGCAGCGGAGGAGGCUUUAUCACCGGUCCCGAGUGGAAACACUGGCGAAGUGGAGGACACAGGAGAGCUCAGCCAGGAGCACAGCACAGAUGACGUGGGCUACUCGGUCAGCACCACGAGCUCAGCAUCCGUGUCUCUGCCCGAGGAGACCGGCUCCUUCUGCCCCACCUACAGGGGAGCCUCGGCUGCCUUCUGUAUCCAGCUCUUCUGUAUCGACGAGAAGUACGAAGCGAGGUCCCUGGACUUUAUGAAUUUUGUUUUCGGUCUUUUUCCUGACAAGAACUUCUGUGUCAUCUCCCUGCCGCACCUCACCCCCGAGUUUGUCCUCAUCCAGAACUUCGUGAAGGCGGUCCCCUUCAGCACCUGCACCCUGGAGCAGGACCUCUACAUCUUCCACCGGGCCGGAUUGCUCAAGUCCAUCACUAUAAGAUUAGCCACUGUCUCGGAUACUCCCGGGGUUGAAAAGCUUGUCAGCACCCUCAUGCUGAACAAAAGCAUAUUGGAGGAUUUGAAGCAAUACAACGAGGCUCACAGGGACCCUGACGGGACGCCCCUGCAGGUGUUCGUGGCCGAAGUUGCAGAGCAAGUGGCCGGCGUCGCGGUGAUCAGAGAUGAAAUGGACAUCGAGUACAUACGAUCCCAUUACAACAUUGAAGAUUUCAUCUACUUCAGCCACCACCAGCGCGAGGAGCACGGGCGCCUGUACCACUUUGCCCUGAACCCCGUCUUUCGGCGCUACACCAAGUUUUUUCUGAAGGAGAUCCUCCGCUUAGGGUACAAGUCCUGCCUCUACUACCCUGUGUACCCGCAGGCCAAGGAAGGCAAGGUCCAGCGCUCCGGCGCGCACUCGCUGACGUCCGCCCUGCAUUACUUGGUUCCCGUGCGGCCCCGACGACAGAUUGUCUACCCUCUGGAAAAGCUUGGCACCAACGCUCCAUCAAAGGAGGUCUCCAAGGACGCGGUGAGUUAUGCCUUGAACCAUACGAACAGAAAACUAACGUUGGAACCGAAAAUAACUAUCAACGCCAAGAUUGUCGUGGUUGGUGCGUCCAGCGUCGGAAUUUCCUUCCUAGACACACUGGUGUUCUGCUCUCACCUGAAGUUUAGCAACCUCACCCUGAUUUCAACGCAUGGACUCCCAGGGAAAAAACUUCUGGGCAGUGAGCAACGGAAGUUUCUAGCAAGCGACCACUGCUUUAAUGACCGAGAUCACGCGGUGCUGUCGCUGUGCUCCUGGGUCAGCGUGGUGGUCGGCAAGAUGACCGCCAUAGACCGGGUGGCCAAGCGCGUCAUGGUGUCCGGAGAGGAAGUCGUUCCCUACGACCACCUCGUCCUCUGCACCGGGCUGCAGUACCAGGUCCCAUGCCCUACAGGGGCUGAUAUUAGCCAACACCCAACGAACAGAGAGGUUCUGGACAGCAGUCGACGGAGGUACACCGGUCCAGUUCCCUGCAAUCAUUUCACCCUCAACGACGAAGAAGAUUGCUUAAGGGCCCUGACUUGGAUAAGGAAUAACUCCAUCACCGCAGAAGGGCAUGUCAUUGUCUACGGGAACACAAUUGACACGUACACAACGGUGGAGAUGCUCCUGAGCAUCGGCGUGCGGGGCUCCCACAUCCACCUGGUGCAGCACCCACCCACCUCCACCAUCACCUGCAUCAACAACUACUCAGUGGAAAGCGCAGUGGAGGACGCGCUCAGGGCAGCGGGGGUGACUGUGUCCCGGGACGCGCUCCUGGCUCAGUGGAACGACGGCCAGGACCCCGACCCCAUCCGCAGUGCCAGCUUCACCACGCCCACCAAGCCCUUCACGCUCCCCUGCUCGGUGUUCUUCAGCUUCUGUGAGAAGAACGUGGAUUAUGAGACAUUUAAAGCGUUCAAUGAUGCCUGCCUCGUCUAUGACGGCCGACUUGUGAUUGACACCAACUUCCACACCAACGACAUAGCCAUCAGGGCCGCCGGCCCCCUCACCAAAUUCUCCAAUAGAUACUACUCCAACGAGUGGGCUCACGGCAGCUUCAAUUCCAAAGAGAUUGGCUUCCAGCUGGCCGCAGCCAUGCUCAGUCUCUUUGACCCGACCCUCGAGGCUGUGACCGAGCCGCCGGCUGACCUUGACCGACUCAUCCCCAUGUACAAGGGAGCCAAGGUCAAAGGAGGCGUUCUUCCCGGGUCUUACCACUACCUGCACAUUGCCAAGCCUGCCAUCCCAACGCCCUUGGAGGUGCAAAUGGCGCAGUCCGAUUUUGGUGUAGAAAUAGUAACAGGCAACGCGAAAAGUGGGAAUUACUUCCGGAUCCACAUCAACAGGUAUAAGAUGGUGGAGACCAUCACGUGCCUCUCGAAAGUGCCCUUCCCUGCCGCCAACUACAUCCGCCUGUUUGGCCAGCACGAGCAAGCCCUCAACAACCUGUGCGCUCGGUACGAGGAAGGGCUGGUCCCCGACCUCUACAGCUACUUCACGGAGCCGUGGUGCAUGGCCCUCUUUCACGAUCGUUUUAUUGAUCUCAGGAAGGAGUUGCGCCAAAUCUUAUCCUCCAAGGAGGGGGAAAGCCUUCCUUCCAUAGAAGAGUUAGCCCGGCAGAUGGAAGAUGAGGAGAUUAACCUGCCCGAGAAGCCCAGGACGUACCUCAAACGAGUUUUCCGGGAGAGCAUCUACAAGCCGCUGGUGGAGCGGAGCAUCCUUGACUACCUGCGCUAUAAUCACUACCACCUGCCCAUGUACGCGUGGCCAGGCAUCAUUUAGCUGCGGCCGCCGUCUCCGCGUGAUCGUUUCCGCACGUGUCGCCCGGGGAAGCGCUGUGUGGGAACAGGAAAUCUCUGAAGCCCGGCUGCACCAUCGGACACCGGCUUGGUUUGGUCCUUUCUCCUCCGCGCCCACCUCUGCCUGUAGUUUUCUAUCUUCCCAGUAGGUGGCGCACGGCGGCGCCUCUCGAUCCUGGGGCAGGGAGCCGCUCCACCAACGCCAGGCGUGCUCCCGGGCAGAGACACGCAUGUUAGCAAUAAAGUGGGAUCGUACCGUUGUCUUUA